GGCUCCGCAUGCGCAGGAGGACACAAAGGGCACGGCGAUUGCGCCCCCGCCCCUCCCGCUCCCACGGCGCGCGCUCCCGCCCCGCGCUCCCGCCGCCUGCUUCGCGCUCCCGCCGCGCGUUCCCAUGGCGCUGAAGCGGAUACAAAAAGAACUAAGUGAUCUGCAGCGAGAUCCACCAGCCCACUGUUCUGCUGGACCUGUUGGAGAUGACUUGUUUCAUUGGCAAGCAACUAUUAUGGGACCUCCUGAUAGUGCAUAUCAAGGGGGAGUAUUUUUUCUCACAGUACACUUUCCAACAGACUAUCCUUUCAAACCACCAAAGAUUGCUUUUACAACAAAAAUAUAUCACCCAAACAUAAACAGUAAUGGGAGUAUUUGUCUUGAUAUCUUGAGAUCACAAUGGUCACCAGCUCUGACUGUUUCUAAAGUUUUAUUGUCCAUAUGCUCCUUACUUUGUGAUCCUAAUCCAGAUGAUCCUUUAGUACCAGAUAUUGCACAGAUCUACAAGUCAGACAAGGAAAAAUACAACAGACAUGCGAGAGAAUGGACUCAGAAAUAUGCAAUGUAAACUUUUGAAGACCUUUUCAUAUACCACAGAGUACUGUAAAUUCUAGUUUUUUUCAAAAUUAGAAGGAAAUGGAGCACAGUUUAUGGUUUCAAUGUGACACCCCUUGAAUUUUUUUUCACCCAUGUAAGUGUGUUUCUGGAGCAACAGAGAACAAACUUCUGAAAAUAACCUUAUGACUUUGAUAAGAAUAUUUAUCCUCUUUGUAUGCUUUGCAGAAGACAUUUAUUAUAGUUUUUAAGAGUUGGACACCUGCAUCUUCAGACUACAAGAUCUAUAAUUCAGUUGUAAAUCAAUGAAAUUAUUUUUGCUGGAAAAAGUAGCUGUUUUCAUGUGAUGAAUACUGUAUGUGUGUCAUUGAAGUAUGUUGUCUGUUUCAUACGUGUGUUCAAGUUUCUUUUUGUUAGUUCUCUUGUAUAAUUUGUAUUUUUUUAUUGUAUAGACUAUUUUAUUUACAAUGUAAGUCAUUUCAGUUUAGACUUGCUUGUGCACAGUAUUGACAAGAUACAAACUGCUAACAGUGAAAAUAAUUGGAGUAUCUCACCCAUUAGAAUAUUCUGAAGACUGACUGCAGACUUCUUAAAACCUAAAAUGAUCUUUGCACUGUAAAUUUUUGUAUGCUGAUUAUGGAGAAACACUUGGUUUUGAUUCUGUUGCAUACUUGACUUAAUUUUAUUGCAAUGUGAACUAAUUGCACUGGUAUGUAGAAAGAUAUGUAACUAUUUUGUUGCUAUUCACAACUGAUUUGUGACGUGUGGGCAACAUAAUGCUAUCACAGACCUUUUACAAAUCCAGAUGUAGCCUUUUCCAUAUAAAUAAAAUACAUUUUCUACUUUC